AUGAGGCUUCCAGUCCUUCCCUCACAAUGCUAUUCUACGUCGCCCGAAGAUGGGGUUGAGGGCCGCCAUGGAACUUCGGCUUCACGACAGCCGCUUCGAGAGUCGACCGGGAAUGCUCAAUAUUCACACAUGGCCUGGUACUCGGAACAGAUUCGCCAGCUGGGUGCUGCCAGCGGUCUUGCUUCCAUGUCUCCAUCAAUACCAACUCCGCCUAUUGUACCGACGCAGUCCUUUGGCCCAGACUAUGGCUCAUCAACACCGUCGGUCUACGGCAGACAGCAACAGCGGCAUCACUACCAGGGGCACCGGGUAACCAAUUUCAGGAGAAGGCAAUUCGAAGAGAACCCGUUGAUUCCGCUGCUCCCGGCAGCCUUUCAGAACUACAGGAAGAAGCAGGCCGACAAGACAGACCAGAAGUGGACCGAUGUGUUGGAAUGGGGCUUCAUUGACGCGCUGCUGCUUAUCCCCCAGAUGAAGCGCAAGAAAUAUACCAUGAAGCAGACACAGUUUGGGCGGAACAUGCUGAUCGGGGAGUAUCUUUGGAUCUACUACCUGCAGACCUUACCGCCAGGGACCGAGGCAGAAUGCAACCUCGUGAGGCACCGAAAGCAAGUGUCGAGCCACAUCCAAGUGCUCAAACAGUUCUUCGCAAAUCACCGUUGUUUCCACUUUUUCUUCAACAGCCGCAACGAUGAAAAGGACAAGGACAGCAUCGAGACGAUUUCCCUGAAGAACAACCCCGUCUUGAUUGCCCUGUCCGAAGACCGGCUCCCUGACGAACGGCCAAAUUACGAGUACUUUGCCGACAUCCUUGCAUUGAAUGAACAGGUGACUGUCCGACCCAUACGAUGCUGGAUAUUUGUGUCGCACCAGGGCGUUUCGGUGAGGGAAGAUGGAUCUGGCUUUCUCCCUUCCACCGGCGACAAGCUCGAUGAGAACGAGUAUCCCCACCUCCCGCGCAACCUCGAGAAGGAGACGUGGCUCAAGGAAGAGCAGCAGAUCUUCAAGGGCGCUCUGCUUCACGAGUUCACCAAGGAGAUGCAGCAGAUUGAGUCGACCAGCGUUAACGACCUCGGGCGGAAAUGGGAGACUUCGUUUCCGGAACUGCAUCAGAGACUACAGCGCAUCUGCGAUUCGACCACAGAUCAGCGGUGCACCAUUCUGCACAUGAAUGUCACCCUCGAGCUCAAGGAGAAGCGGCGGUUUCCAAGCCAGUCGGAGCUCAACUCCUGGGUGGAAAUCAACAUUGAGCAGCCACGUCUACUGAGCCAUCGGUGGAAGGUGCACACGCGCUUGGUGAGGCCAGCGGAGCUGAGCUACUCACACGAGAGCGCGAGCCCUGAGACCAUGUACGAGACUUCGGCAGAGAUCGCUAUCCAAUAUCAGCACCGCUCAGGGUGUGAAGGUCCUCGGCCUGAUGGGCGGGCUCACUGUGACUGCAUCGCUCACCGACGUCACCGUGACUCUGUCACUGUCCCCUUUCCAGCUGAUAUCUGGGCCAGCACACUGACGAACUGUGCUGAAUAUCCAGCCCAUUCCUUCAGCGACGCCGGCAAGAAUGGAAAGCGAAGCAAGGACCUCAACGUCAAGGUCGAGGAGGAGGGCGAGGAAGGAGGCAAGCCCAACCGCCGAAGCAAGCCGCUCACACAGAUGGAUCUUGUGCCCAAGAUUGCCAUGAUGCAGGAGAUCUGGUCAUGUCCCCCUGAUGCCCCACACUAUGGCCCCGAGCCUCAAGGGAACGGCUCAAGAUCCCAGCGAUGGACUCGACGAGCAGUGAUUGUAUGGACUUUCAAGACGAUCCACAGCGAGGUAGAUGGCAAACUCAACACCGCGCAGAGCGGCAGGACAGAGUGGCGCUAUCUUACCAUCCUCGACCCAAUGAGCGAGGAGCACCAACAAAAGGCCAUCAUCAGUAGCAGCAGGAAGAACUCUGCUGUGUCUGACUAUGCGGAUGGAUAUUCAUCCAACCACGUCCGUCCUGUCUCCCGGGAUGUGGUCAUGUCCCCCAGCCCCACAUACCAGCAGCACUUGACCGCGAGCAUGAGCGAGAACUUUUCGUCAGCAUGGGAUACUCCCACCGGGCUCAACCCCCUUUCCACGUCAGCCGCGCAAGCCUAUAACGCUCAUCUCAUGGCGCCCAGUCAGUCCCAUGUGUCAGCCAUGCCCGGCUACAGCCCCCUCGACAGCUUCAGCAGCCACGGCGGUCUCGCCACCCCUCCCCCAAGUGCAUCCCUCACCACAUCUUUCACUCACAACUUUGCCACCACAUCUACCCAACCUGACCUCAUGCCAAAUUACAUGUCCACCCACUCCGUCACCACAACAACUGCCGGACUGGACACCGACUCGGCACUCAACACCCUCGCCGCCGUGACAGACCCCUUCCUCACAAACGGCAACUCCUCCUUUGGGUAUGACCAAUCCCACUGGUCAACCUCCAAUACCUUGACUAGCUCGAGUAACGUCUGGUCCCAGCCUUAUCAAUCAGCAGCAUCAACAUACACCCACUCCCCCUUGGCCCCCUGGCCAAACCACACCCAACCCACCCCAUCCCACAGGGGAAGCCUCUAUGAUAAAACCCACAGCCAUGUGCAAUCCCAGCCCUGGAUCUCCCCCGCAACAGCGGGGGGUGUCACCACCACAGCCGACGACCACGACCUCUGGACCCCAGCCACGUCCACGCACACUCCCUUGACGACCACCGCGCCGGCUUUGGGUCCUGAUCCCAUCACAGCUGGGCAGCAUGAAUCUCAGGACACGACGGACUGGAACCAGGUUACUACUGGUAACGGCACCAACGGCAACUCCCAGGAGACAGGGGAGGAGGAACUGGGGCAGAACUGGGAGGAGAUUUUGCCGCCUAUUCCGCUCAACUUGACUGCCCCGGGCACUCAGCCCGAGGCGGUAAACUCUCCGACGACGGCAGGGGAUACAGCGGCGCAGAGGUUGGAGAAGGCCGCUGCUGCUAUGGAGAUGCCGGUGAUGGGUGGCCAUACUAACGGCAAUGGGGCGGUGGUUGGUGAAGAGAGGAAGAGCCUGAAGAGGAGACAUGAGGAGGGGGAUGAGGGGGGUGAUUUGGAUUCAGGUGAGUGGAGGAGGAAGAGUUUUAGGCAGUGUUGA